AAAUUUCUAACCUCGUCGGCCAUUAAUCACUUCACUAACUCUUUCUUUGUUUCCUCUUUCUUCGCUCCAACAAUGAACAUCACUCACUCUCUCUCUUCCAUUGAUGUCACUCCUUCUCUCUCCUCCCAAACAAUCCGACCUCCUCCCCUCCACCUUUCUCCGCCGCCGAUUUUAUCUCUCCUACUCCGCCGAUAUGUUGCGCUCACUCUUUCCUGCCGCCGCUAACGCCUUCUCCGAUUUCUCUGCCGCCGCUGCCGACGAUAUGCCGUCAGAAAAUACCGUCUUUCUUCGUCGAUCUAUUACCGCCCUACUCUUCUUCGCCACCAUUUUGUUUGUUUACAACUCCUUCCGUUUCUUCGCCGACAGUUCUUUCGAUUUUCCCGCUAGCGCUUCUGUCGCCUUUUUCCCUCUUUCCGGCAAUGUUUCCUCUCAGAUUAGUGAGGAGUACAAGCUUGAAAGAGUUUUGAAUGUUGCUGCUACAGAAGACAAAACUGUCAUUAUAACAACUUUAAAUGAUGCCUGGGCAAUGCCUAAUUCUAUUAUUGAUCUCUUCCUUGAGAGCUUUAGAAUUGGGCAUCACACUCGAAGACUUCUGGACCAUGUAGUCAUUGUUGCGUUGGAUGAUAAAGCAUAUAGAAGAUGCUUAAGUAUACAUCACCAUUGCUAUGCUCUUUUGACUGAAGGCAUUGAUUUUUCUAAAGAGGCAUACUUCAUGACACCUGAUUACCUAAAAAUGAUGUGGAGAAGGAUUGAUUUCUUACGAAGUGUCCUCGAAAUGGGAUACAAUUUUGUAUUUACGGAUGCUGAUAUCAUGUGGUUCAGAGAUCCAUUUCCACAUUUCUUUCCUGAUGCUGAUUUUCAAAUUGCGUGUGACCAUUUCUCAGGCGACUCAUUUACCGUACACAAUAGGCCUAAUGGAGGUUUUAAUUAUGUUAAGUCAAAUAACAGAUCCAUUGAGUUCUACAAGUUUUGGUACUCAUCCCAAGAAAAUUAUCCUGGUUAUCAUGACCAGGAUGUCCUAAACUUUAUCAAACAUGAUCCGUUUAUCCCAGAGAUUGGGUUGGAGAUGAGAUUCUUAGAUACUGCAUAUUUUGGUGGACUCUGUGAACCUAGCAAGGAUUUGAAUAAAGUAUGCACCAUGCAUGCGAAUUGUUGUUUUGGCAUUAAUAGCAAGCUACACGACCUUAAGAUUAUGCUUCAAGACUGGAGAAAUUUUAUGUCUUUGCCCCCGAGUUUGAAGCGGUCACAAGUGUAUUCCUGGAGGGUCCCUAUGAACUGCAGCCUAAGUGCAUUCCACACUUCCAAGAGUCCAAUGGAGAGUGACGAAGAAGAAAAUACAAGUUAAUUUAUACUUCAUAUACCACAUUUUGGUAUUAUCCAAGAUUAACUAUUUACGGUUAGCAAAAUUGGCCUUCGGUCCGAGGUAAUGUGUCAAUCAAAAUUGGCCUUCGGUCCGAGGUAAUGUGUCAAUCAAAAUUGGCCUUUGACAAGAAGGGGCAAUAUUAGCUAAAAACCAUGCUUUGGUAAAUGAGAAAUUGUACAGUGUGAUGUAGAAACAUAAGGUAAUUUUGUAGGAGUACUUAUUUUAUACCUCGACUAAACUCUCAAAUGAUGGUUGAAAACGGGGUUGCAGUGUACCAACAAUUUGCGGGUUUCAGAAGCCAACCACUGGUUAAGUCCUCAUUUCUACUUGUGGAACAAUUUGCUGGAAUGGGUGCAAUGAGGCAAGCUUGGCAAGACCUUACCCUCCCGUUGGGGACUUCGGGUACCAAAAGAAACAAUUAUGGAAAAUAAUGCUAAAAAGUAACUUAAUAUCCAUUUUGCGUUUUAA